UUGACGGAUAUUCGGGUCAGUUAGUAGCAUAAGGCUACUUUUAUUAAAUAAUAAAAGAGCUGGUUGUUUGGUGCAGGCGGGAGCUAAUAGCUAGCAGGCUAACACUGAGUUGUGGACCUGACACCAAGUUUUGGUCAAAGAUGGCGGAGUUAAUUGACGAGAAGAUCAAGAGUUACAGAACUGCUCCAUUUGAUGCCCGCUUUCCCAACACUAACCAGACACGAAACUGCUUCCAGAACUAUGUUGACUUUCACAGGUGUAAUAAGGCACUGUCAGCAAAAGGACAAGACAUGACCCCAUGUGAAUGGUAUCAGAGGGUCUACAAGAGCCUGUGCCCCAUCAGCUGGGUUGAGAAGUGGGAUGGGCAGGUUCAGGACGGAAGCUUCCCUGGGAAGAUCUGAACGGCCUGAUGCCUUUUUUAAAUAAAAUAAAAAUUACCUCAUUUAUUAAACUUGUUAACUUUGUUUAGCUUAAGUGCAUGAGGGGUGACUGUCAUGACAUCUUGUGACCUUUGACCCACACCAUUCAGUGGUUCACACUGUUCAGUUUGAUCUUUCUGUCUUAAUCACGCUGGUUACAUAAUAAAGAUGCACAGUUACUUA